AUGUAUAAGCCAUCAGCGAUCACCUUCAGAUUUCCGAGUCACCUCACAAAUAAACCACCCAUUCAAAUCGAAGGGCCAUAUCAUGGAUCAAACUCCACCGACAAACCUUGUGAUGCUGUUCCUGGACGUUACUAUCACUUGUUCACACAAGGUGAACUGGAAUCUUUGAUUUCACAAGUUCCAUCCCUCAAGUUGCAUCGUGUUUAUUAUGAACGAGGCAAUUGGGCCGCUGUGGUGACAAAAAGUUGCAUGGAAAAUACACAGCCAUUGUGA